UCCUGGAGCAGAUGAGCGCAGAAUAUUUAGGCGAGAGGAGGGGGGUAGCGUGGGGCAGGAAGAGUACCUCGGCCAAGAAAAUUAUGCAUGCGUUAGGCAAGCUCUGAGAGAAUGGCUGUGGAAGCUCUCCACUGUGGUUUGAGUCCAGGGGGUAUCGAUCACCCUGCCCAUGCUGAAAGUUUUAAACUGCAAAUUGAAAGUGAAGGUGUUGAAUCUCAAUCCAGUAAAAACAAAAAUAUCCAGAAGGUGCCAGAACAAAAAGGAACCCCCAAACGACUGCAGGCUGAAGCAGAAACAGCUAAGUCUGCUACAGUGAAGCUGUCAAAACCCGUGGCUCUGUGGACCCAGCAGGAUGUCUGCAAGUGGUUGAAGAAACAUUGUCCGAAUCAGUAUCAAAUCUACAGUGAGUCAUUCAAACAGCAUGACAUAACUGGGCGAGCCCUGCUGAGACUUACUGACAAAAAGCUGGAGCGGAUGGGGAUUGCCCAGGAGAACCUCCGGCAGCACAUCUUACAACAGGUGCUCCAGCUGAAGGUGCGAGAAGAAGUCAGAAACCUACAGUUACUCACACAAGGUAUCCUGCUGCUUCCUACCUCAACCGAGGGUUCUCCAUAAACAUGGUGAGCCUUCCAAGCUACUGUCCUGCCAGUUGAUAUGAAAAUGUCCUCUUCCUCACUGAAAGACUAACUUAUGGCACUGCCUGAAGACAUUCUUGGAACAUUGACAGAUUAACCGGAUUAAAUGAAAAGACACCCAUUCAGUCAAGAUGAUGGGUUUUGGAAAAUCUUAGUUGGCUGAGGGUUUUAAAAUGAGGUGCAUAAUACACAGUGCCAGCUUGUUCCGAGUGGUCAUUGGCAGACCAUUAGCUGGAAAAUUGCUUCCGGUUUUCAUCACUGUGCAUAACUCAAGUCCCCUCUGGGGAGCUGUCUGUGCCCUUCACUAGGAGUCCUGUUUUAGCAUGGCAACUACUGGAUUAUUUUAUUAUGUGUACAGAUGGCAUGAUGUUUUAGAGAAAAUUACAGCAAUUCUGCAGUCUCAGUGGAAGUGUUCACAAUAUUACGCCCUGAUAGGAAUGUAAACAUGUCUCGAGUGUGUGAGUUAUGACGUCUAGAAAUAAUCUGUCCAACUCUUAAGCACUUUAUAUGAGAACACUCCAUCGAUGAAUUAGCACGUUCAGUACAUGUGUGAAAACAAGUUUUUUCUUUUCCUUUUUUAAAUCUUGUCCUACUUCUGGCUCCGACUGUCCAAAACAAACUCCACGACUAGCACAUCCGCAGUCGUUUGUGGUAGAUUGGUGUAGAUGUGGCCACAAGACUGUUAGUACUGGUAGACUUAACCUCUUGACACUUUACUGAAGAACUGGAUUUCAUUGUAGCACCAAAGGGAAGUAGAAGUGGCUCUGGUGAUUGUAAUACCUUAGCCCUUGGUCUCUUGUACCUAGACAUACCUGUACCACAUGCUGAUGCAAAUACAAAACACACGAGGCUUCUAUUCAGCCAACAUACAUAUUCUCUCGUUUUAAAACAGAGUUCUUGCAGAGAAAAAGAGGGAUGGCCUUCUUUUGGCUGCUAACCAAACGGUUGGAGGUUCAAGUCCACCUACAAGUACCUCAGAAGAAAGGUCUGGCAAUCUACUUCCAAAAAAACUCAGCCAUCGGAAACCCUGUGGAGCACAGUUCUACUCUGACACAACAUGGGGUUGCAGGGAGUGGAAUCAGCUUGAUAGCACCUGGUUUCCUUUAGUCAAUGAGCCUGGGGGGGUUGAUGGUAAGGGUAGCAAAAUGCAGUGUUCCUGUGGGGUCUGACUUUAACACUUAGGAAAGAAUUUUAGGUCAGGUUUAAAUCACAACCUUCUGAAGAGAAAUCACAGCAAGUGACCCUGCAGUGGGUUCCUUCCUCGGUAUAGACCCUACCAGACUCCUUUUAUCUUUUCUAGGGUUAGACCCACAACUAGUUACUUUUUUAAUAUGUCUUACAACAAAGCACAGUCUCGGGAAAGCUGUCAACCCAGUUCUCUCUUGUCUUUGAGCUUUAGAGAAAUGUCCAUGUUCACUGACCCUGUAUAAUGCUGUAGCACUUUUUUCCUGAAGACAUAAAGUUGGCUGAGGGUCAGCAACGUAUGCUCUGUGUGCCCACUGUCCCCGCCCACGACUGCCAGAUAGCAGAGGCUUUUCUUUAAAAUAUAUAUAUUACAACUUCUGGGACCCUUUCCGCACAAGCAAGCAUGGUAUUUUAGGGUGUCUCCAGACACGCAGUCAUUGUCUGCCCUUCUCACAGCUUGCCUCCCCUCAGGGUCUCAGGAAAUACACAGCCCAUUGGAAACCUGAGAUUUGGAAACCUGACAGGAAAGGGGAGAGAGAUCCAAAUGUGAUUCUGGUGAGUCACCAGCAGGAUGACUCAUGACUCACCACAAGCCUGUCAGGCUGUAGCACCAGAGAUGGGGGCUUCCAAGUGGGAACUCAGAGAAGCUUCCAUCACCACUAAGAUUUGGCCCUUUAGCUGGUCAGCACUGGGGACCAUCAGGCUCGAGGCAGAGGACUGUGCAGGUGGCACUUAGGAAGGCAGAUCCUAAUUGUCUACAAAUCCAGAAUUAGGAGGCAAAACUCUGGCUGACAAUGGGCGUAACAUCCCAGCCUCCAUUGCCCCUCUUAUGAGGUUCAAUUCAAACAGCAGAAUUCAUUCAUUUCUCCAUUCGUUCAUUUCAUUAUUCAGCAAGUAUUUUUGGAGUCUACUCUGUACCAAGCGUUGUGUGGGGCAACAGCAUUGUAUAAGACAGAUGCUCCCUGCCUUAUGAAACUGUAUCUCCUCCUUCCAAAUGCUGUCACCAACCCACCUUUUCUGCAAUGAAAACGGAAUUCAGACAGCAUUCACCUCCAGCUCAAGUAACCUGGGAAAACGCACAUGGCAGCAGGCAGGUCCACUGCUGAAGGAGAUGGGAGGCAGAAGAGGAAGUAGUGAACAGCAUCAGGCCACAUAUUUGUACCUUUCAUGUACAGCCAGCCCUUCCAGGGACCAGAUUUAGCUGGUUAGAGCUUCCCAAAGCAAACUUGACUUGCUUUCCUUGAUUACCACCCUAGCCACCUGUAUUCCCAUCCUUUGUAUAGGCACAACUGUUUGUUACUAUGCUGGAUUCUAUAAAGCUUCAAUUCUGUAACUAGUCUUAGUAACACAGAAUUGAGCCUACCCAAUGAAUCCUAAAGAAGCUACUGAACUACUGCCAGGUGCUGAGCUAGUAUAGCUGGGAAAUAAUUGGUGUAGCCAAGGACGUUCUGAGACUACUGCUAACACCCUUGGAAAACUGGACAGGCCUAAUGGUACAGACGUGCAUUAACUGAUGGUGGCUCAUCGUUUCUUAGUUUGACUUUUGCAAAGUGGUCCCUGAACAAUGAGAAAAGCAGCAUUUCUGAGCAUUUUUGAAUCAAAGGAGUGCUGGAAAAUAAUCAAAAGAUGAGGGGUACAGAUGGAGAUGGAAGAAGACAAUGAAAGAGCCCAGUUGAAGGAAGAGAGCUUCUCUAAAAAUGCCUUAAUGCCUGGCAUAUACCACCUAUUUGCACAUGAACUACUAUUUUCCAGACUGUAGACCUCUGAUUGAAAUCGUGAUGGGAAAUUGUUUUGGAAACAUGGCGGCAUAAAAUCUGAGCGGUCGCAAGGUCAACCAGCAAAAUGGAGAAAUGACUUCAUUCCCAGCCUGUGGAUUUUUUGGUUACAUGGUGAUCCUCCAUGUUACUCAUGGGUACUUCCUGCCAUGCUGUACCUUCUUCUCAAGGUGUAUGUGGGAAAUUUUACGGCCCAGAAAUUGAGAGAUGCUUGUGGUGAGUCUUGUUCAGUAGGAACGGGAGGAGGGGAGAUAAGGGGUAAAUAUUUUGAUAUCUGAGGACUGUAAACUGUCGAUGCUUAACUUUUCCUUUUACUUAAACCUGUGCUACACCUUCUUAUUAAAAGGCCGACACCCACGCUUGUGCAGGAAAGGCACUCCUGGGAAUGAGCAGAAAUGAAUAAUUAUCAGGCUUUCUAGGGUACCAAGGGGAUUAGCUUGUUCCAGCUCCGGAAUGGAAUUUAAACGCGCAGAGCAUUGGUGGUUCUGCUAGAGAAGAAAAAGCAAAUCACUUCAAUAGUGUCGUAGAGGGAUAGAGACCCUAUCAACUUUUUUUGUGGGUAAUGGCGUGUCUGCGAAUCCCUGCUUAGGCUCUGUGAGGUGUGUGCUGCAGCCUGCCUUCUACCUCCAGAAUGCAGGUCGGAGGAAUCCAGCUGGCUCUCCAGAGCCUCUUCUGAGCUGCCCAAACAGAGGCUCUAACAGUCCUUAGUUGUGAGGGAAUUCUGCCAUUUUUAACAUUCAAGAAGAGGGAAGAGGAGUAUCAACCUGAUGGGAGAAUAUAAACGAAGGAUAAAAACUUCUAAUGGAUUUUCCCUCUUGUUACUUGCAAAUGCUUUCUUUGUCUGCAAAUGUCACAUAAUUGAUUUUGGAUAGGAACAAUAAAAGUCUUACGGAAGAAAAGUUUUCAAGACCCCUCAGCACUAUUUAGUUUUACCGAAACCUGUACUUCCUAGUGCAUUAGCAGCUUCGCUCUGCGAGAUGUUUGCCUCUCCAUUCUUCAGGGUAAUUUUGUUACUUGACAACUAGACUUAAAGCUGCCAUCAACUCUUUUUAAAAAUCUAAUCUUUGAAAAUGACAUAAAUUCCUUUAUUUCUUAAAGACUGUUUUUAUUCACCUCUCCCACUCUCACAGCUCCUCCACCCCACUUCUUUGCUUUGUUUUGUGUGACUUCUUUUUUUCUUUUAAUCUCUCUCUUUUAACAUACUGCUGUGGGUAGAUGCCUGCCCACUCAGACAGAAAAGCAUACUUCUAGUUGUCACCUAAGAAGCCCUGGUAGCGCAGUGGUUAGGUGCUCAGCUGCUAACAGAAAGGUCGAAGGUUUAGAACCCACCAGCUACUCCACAGGAGGAAGAUGUGGCGGUCUGCUUCCGUAAAGAUCACAGACUUGGAAACCCUAUGGGGCAGUUGUGCUCUGUGGUAUAGGGUCGCUGUGAGUUGGUAUCAACUCAACGGCAGUUGGUUUGGUUUGGUUUGGAUUAGUUGUCAUCUUUUUUUUUUCCUUCAGUGCAACUUAAUUCCUUCUUAAGUUUGGUCCUGGUGAAAGCUUGCUGUCACAAAAGCAGUGGGAUAUGGAUUCUCGUCUCCAGGAGCUGACUGGUCAGCGCCGUUACUGAAAACAAGGUCUGUGCAGUAGGGAGAGAGGACAGACCAGGAGAUGCUUCUACUCGGGGCACAGCUGGGGACCCCGUUUCAGAGAAAGGCAGGUCCUGCCCCUUAGUCUCCUUAGAUCUGCAUCUGAUCCUGUGGCCAGAGAACUGUCUAUGAGUUGUGCUUUACAAAUGCACGUGGUUGCUGACCACUGCACAGCUUCAAGGUGGAAAAGUGCCGCAUUUUCAUUAUUUUGCUCUGGUAACUUAAGUGGGAAGAUAGGGAACAUUCUUGUAAAAGCUAAACACCAAUGGGAAGUUGAUGAGUACACAGAGAGGCUCUGCCACACUUUAAUGAAAAAAAAAAAAACACAAUAGAUGCUGUCCUGGAGAUUCUAGUUAGGCAGGAGGGACAGAUCAAUACUGGUCGCCUCUGGCCAUCACCUUGGCCCUGCAGGGAGAAUUCUAAGCUAAAGGACAAACCCUGUUUCUAAAAUCUGUGUUUCUUGGGGCAAAAUUCACCAGGGGACAUGUAAGGGGAAGUGCUCUUGGGCCUGGGACUGGUUUUAAACCUCCUGCCCAACAGCAAAAUGACUUCUACAGAGCAGCAGAAAUGGACGUACAAGGCUUUGUAAAACUGGAGUAGCAUUUGCCAUUCAGGGCUGUCUUAAAAUCUCAGAGGGUCCCAAACACUCUUACUUCUGAUCCCCACGCCCCCAAUUGUAGCAAACAUGAAAAGGCACCAACAACAUACACUUAAUGCAAUUUAAAAGUAAAAAAAAAAACUUUUUUUUUAUGUGACUUGAGUUUAAUUGCAGCUGACUGGUUGACAUAGUAGGAAUCUCUUGGUGGUGCACACAGUUAAAUGCUUGGCUGCUAACCAAAACGUUGGCAGUUAGAACCCACCCAGAGACACCUCAGAAUAAAGGCCUGAUGAUCUAGUUCUGAAAACCAGCCACCGAAAAGCCUAUGAGCACGUUUCUACUCUGACACACAUAGGGCCCCCCGCAAGUCGGAGUGAACGCCAAGAGAAACUGGUUUACUGGCUGAGCUGACGUAAUACAACACUCGUUGUAGAUACUUAAGCAUUAUUUCUGAUUACACAAUAUUCUUUUCGUAUUUUGGAGCCAGUGAUUUGAGGGAUUUGCUUCCUUAGUUGUUUGUUUUGUUGUUGUUUUCCAAAUUUCAAAUGUUUCCAGAAGCCUUAGAAGGGCUCUGCAACCCAGGCCUUGGUUACCUAGUGGGCAGAAUGGAGAAAACAUCCCUACUGACAUGAACAACAAGGGGGUUGUUAAAUUAACCAACUUCGGAUACUAAUACCCAAAACAAUUAAAACACGGAAGACUCUGCUAGCUGCCUUCCAUGUUGUUUAUAACCUUUUAAAAUUUCAGUCAUUUGGCUCAAAGAAAAGUGAGCUGCUGUCACGUGGUUUUACCACAUUAUCACACACACAGCCCCCAAAUGUAGAAUUCCAGGCUGGGUUGAUGGAAGAGAGCAAGCAGGUGUAUUUUGUGUGAAUAUAUUUAAUCAUCCUUUCUCCCCUCAGAAUCUAUAGAAAUGUAUUCAAAUGCUUUACUCUAAAAAAACAUCUAAAACAGAAAACUCUUGUUAGAUCAGUAUUCCUCUUGGGGUGGGGAAACUGAUUUUGUGGCAUAACCUUGAAAAAAAAAUGUGCUUGCCAUUAAAUGCCUCAAGCAAUUGCUUGUUGCUCUCCAGCCUGGAGAUUUGCUGAUACUGCACUAGAAGGCAGUGGGGUGGCCUUCUAUCUCCUCAGAGGCUAGCCUGGCUUCUGAAAUAGCACAGAUACCAUGAAGGUACCUUUUUAAGCUCUAGGUAGACUCCCUAUUCAAGCAUAAUGCCAAAAAUAUGACUUGAAGGUUGUACUCUGCUGCAGUCCUUGCUUCUAUGACCCCUAAAUCAAUUCUAAUUCUCUGUAUUUGCAGUUGUCUUUGUUUGUUUGUUGUAACUACAAUUAACUGCAUUUAGUCUGUUUGACUUGGGAGCUGUCUGCUGACUGCAGCAGCUUUUGACAAUUCCUGUGUCUCGUCCCCACACAGCUCAUUCGAGGAUACAUUUCUCUACAUACCAGCUGCUGAGAUUUUGAAAUGGGUGGCCAGGUUCUUUUUCAUAUCAAACAGGCUCCUGUUUACAGGUGAAAACCUCGAAGAGAAUGGAAGUGCAUUCACAUUUGAAUGCUGGGAUCUUUGCCUUUUUCAUUCUUACUCAACUCCCACCUCAAAUCAGCAGAAGGGGAAGCUUCAGCCUCCUCAGAUGUGUUGGCCGCCACUGGGGAGCCCCAGCAGGAGGGCUUCCACUUGCUUGAACUCACAUUUAGGCCAUUUGAAGGCUCUCUGGAUGGUUUCUCUGCUGUUACCUUUCCUCCACCAAUGGAAAAAUGCUGCCCUUACAAGGCCAUGUUUGAGGAGGCAGUUGUUUGGCCAGUGAAAGAAGCUCACUCACAUUGCAGACAGCUGAAUAAUGCCAGGCUCUUGACUUUGCACUGUGUGUCUCAGUCAUGAUUGGGACAGAAGUAGCUAGUCUGCUGAGAAGCCAAGCCAGCACCAAUGUUUUAAAACUAAUUCCACCGCAACUCUUACAGCCCUAAGUCAUACUACUGUAGUUCCAGUGAACCCAACUAUUUAAUAUCAUUAGACCCUAAAUUAAAUAGCUUUAUACAAAAUUUUAGAAAAGAUCGAUAUUGUAACAAAGUUACAUAUUAGCAGUAAAAAGCAACUGAGAAAAGAAAAUAUUGAUCUGUUGUGGUUUGUAUACUCAGGUUAUUCUUAGACCUUUGUGGAGAUUGGCUCUGCUCUGAUAGAGAGGAAGCAAAUGUUUUGGAUUCAAGAGUACUGGAUGAAUAGAAAUCACCCAGUCUCUCUGGGCCUCUACUCAUCUGUUUGGGAUGCUACUUGCCCCUCAUUAGCAGACAGGGUCGUUUGGAGGCUCAAAUGAGCUAAGGGGAGAAGCUGUCCCAGACCACCAGUCCAUGUGUGUAAAUUAUCUAUGGUGAGCUGGGUUAUGACUUUUAUUCAAUGAGCUCUUUGCCUUACUUUAUGCCUUCUCCUCAAAGCUGCUAUUACUGAGCCUCCAUUUUUGAAUUUAGAACAGAAAAAAGAAUGAUGAGAAAGAAUGAUUCAAUGUUUUAUACACACACAUGCUUCUUUCAAUAUAUCCAACCUAAGAGCCUGUGGCCAAGGCACCCGUUGUUUAUCUCCACUUCUCCAGCUUCCGGAGGUUUAGAGUGCUGUGACCAAGCCCACAGAGUCAGGUGAAAUUGCCCAUCCCUGGCCAAUCCCUGGGACCAGUGAAAGUGGGAAGUUGACAGAUUGAGGGUCAUAGGAAGCAGAGAGCCACAUCCAACUUCCUUAAUGAACUACUGUAUAUUAGCAUUUGUGCUGAAACAGAAAGAGGAAGAAAAAUGACACCUAAUGAGUUGAAUAUAAAUCUAAGGCUCUCCGUAGGCUCUCCGUAGGGUGGGAGGGGGAAAAAAAUCUCAUGAAAAUGACUGGUCCACUGUUCCGCAAAACACCAACGUUGAUUCAUACAAGCACAAGUCAUAACAAAAAAGCCCUAAGUAGAUGGCAGACACUUUUAUCACUUCCUUAAGAGAGUAGCUUCAACAUCAAUGUGAAUUCUGUUGGUCCUCCUAGAGGGGUUAAUUGUUUUCCUUAUUCAUUGUCCACGACUUCAGUUUUUUCCUCUAUGCACCCUAGACUAAAAAAAAGGACAUAAUCAAGUGAUGUGAUAGACAAGAGUGCCUUUUUUGUUGGCUGUUCAUUUUAGUUCCCUUUUUUCACUAAAGAUAAGAAUUAUUGUACUUCAGAAUUUUGAACCACCAAUUUCCAUAUCUUAAGCAGCUAUCAACUUGCCAAUUCCCUUUGGGUCUCCUUUUUAUUUUCUUACAAUGUUUCCUUCUGUGUUGGAUUGUCCUCCAAGAGCGAAGGGGGCGUGAUUCUUUUUAAAUUAAUAAAAAUGAGACUGUACAGACUUUUGCCCCCUUGUGUCUAUGAGCAUGAUCUCUACCAGGCUUAGAAAUCUGCUUGAUCAUUUUGUAUAUUUGACUAUUUUGUAUUCAGCAUUACUUGAUUCCUUAUGUGCAUGGCAAGGUAUUAAAAUGUGGGAUUUCUAUU